AUGUAUAUAUAUACUGAACGGACACUCGGCACAGUCACACUCAACAGUCAGGCAGCACAGGAGCAGCAUCAUGGCAUUCAAGUUCGUCAUCCUCGCCGCCUUCGUGGCCGUCGCCCAGGCUGGUCUCCUGCCCGCCGCCCCCCUGGCCUACUCUGCCCCUAUCGCCAAGGCCGUGGCUGUGGACACCGACUUUGACCCCAACCCUAGCUACAGUUACGCCUACGACAUCCAGGAUGGUCUGACUGGCGACUCCAAGAACCAGCAGGAGACCCGCCAGGGUGACGUCGUCCAGGGCCAGUACUCCCUCAACGACGCUGACGGCACCCGCCGCAUCGUCGACUACACCGCCGACCCCGUCAACGGUUUCAACGCCGUCGUCCGCAAGGAGCCCCUGACUGUCGCCGCCCCAGUCGUCAAGGCCAUUGCUCCCGCCCCUGUCGCAUACGCCGCGCCCAUCGCUAAGACCAUCGCCCCAGCUUACCAGACCUACGCUGCCCCUAUCGCCCACGCUGCUCCCCUUGCCUACUCCGCCUCUCUGAACUACGCCGCCCCCAUCGCCAAGGUCGCUGCUCCGUUGGCGUACUCUGCUCCUCUGAACUACGCCAAGGCCAUCGCCCCCGCCUACCAGACCUACUCCGCCCCCAUCGCCCACGCUGCUCCCCUCGCCUACUCUGCCCCUAUCGCUCACGGCAUUGCCGCCCACACCUCUUUCUCCACCCCUUACGCAGCGUAUGCUUACUAGGCUGCACACUGGCUGUUUGUUGUGUUUUUUUUCUCGUAAUAAAAAAGAUAAAUAACUGA